AUACUACAUGUUCAUCUCCUCAGCUGUGUGCUAUGCAAAAGGUGGUGCUCACUAGACCCACCCAGUGACUGAGAGCAACACUCGUACAGUACACUUGUCUGGUACUAUACUACAUGUUCAUCUCCUCAGCUGUGUGCUAUGCAAAAGGUGGUGCUCACUAGACCAACCCAGUGACUGAGAGCAACACUCGUACAGUACACUUGUCUGGUACUAUACUACAUGUUCAUCUCCUCGGCCGUGUGCUCUAUUUGUACGCACAGGAUGUCAAGAGAUCUGUGGUUGGUUUCUUCUCAGGCAACGACUCUGUUGAAUACAACACCUUCAGAAAGGCUGCAGUCAACCUACGAGACGACUGUCCUUUCUACGCAGUGCUUCAGCAGACCCAGACUCAGAUUGUGUUCAGAGAAGAUAAACAACAAGACGAGGUGUUCCGUGGAGACAUGACCAACCUCUACAGCACCUUCUCCUGGAUCACUAACAAAUGCAUUCCUCUCGUCAGGGAAAUUACAUUCCAGAACGGAGAGGAGAUGACGGAGGUGGGUAUACCGCUGCUGAUACUGUUCUACCACCCAGACCACCCCGAGGUGAAGGAGCUGUUUAAAGGCCGUGUGACAGAUGAGCUACGGGACCACAGAGGGUCCAUAACGGCGGUGACGGCAGACGGUAUUCUGUUUGCCCAUCCCCUCCACCACCUCGGGAAGAGCAAGAACGACCUCCCUCUGGUGGCCAUCGACAGUUUCAGACACAUGUACGUCUUCCCCAACUUCGAAGACAUCAAGGUUCCUGGUAAGAUGAAGACGUUUGUGGAUGACCUUCAUUCUGGCAAAUUGCACAGAGAGUUUCACCAUGGUCCUGAUACCCCAGGAACCCCUGAACAGCAACAACAGCAGAGAGACUCUCGAUCAGCUCAUGAUGGCAGUCCACCAGAGAGCACCUUCAGAAAACUCCGACCUGACGGCUCGCGAUACUCCCUCCUGCGAGACGAACUCUGACCUCUCAGCCUUUUCAUUCCUCUCCUAACAGGGCUUUCAUGGACUCUUUGUCUAAUUUUAUUUUAUGCCACUGUCGGCAACUAGGAGUCUUCCAAUUAUGUAAUGAAUGGGUUUGUUACAUUAUUGUUAGCACGUUUUACACCUAACAUUCUUACUUUAGAGAAACACCUAAUUGGCUAGUGACAUUC